UUGAGUGGGUGACUGCCCGGAAAGAAGCACAGAGAAGUGUGUAAGACUGCAACUUUUUGUCCUGGUCUCAACUCUGGGUUCUGGGUUCUGUGGCACGUGGACAUUGAUUUAAAAUCUUCAAUGUUUGCUGAUCGAGUGCCAAAAUAAUUGUGUUUAUCAAAGCCUUUUAGUAUUGGGACACAUCUGACAAAAUUAUCAGAGGAGCAGCAUUUGACCUUCAUUGUGUUUCGGGAGGAAUAAUUUUUUCCCACAGAGGUUCCACUUGUACAAAGUCCAGCUUAGAUAUCAGAUUAGAGGCUUGAAAUGGGCACGAAAUGUUAUUCAUCUAAUAGGGGAGCUGUGUGAGACUAACGUGUUUCCAACAGGACAGUCUGGUUAACCAUUCAUCUCCCUUGUGCAUGCAAGAAGAGUUUAACAGACGGGUUCAUUUCCCACGUUUUGCUGCAAGCUCCUCAUAUUUAAGGGUGAGGAGGAUCAGAGUGUCACCCCACACUGGCCUGCAGAGUCUGGCUGAACACAUCACACAAGAGAUCGCACAGGGCGUGCAGAAACCCUUCAAAGAGGUGAUUGAUGUCAGCUCAGGUGAUCCCCACAAAGCAGGAAUGAAACCCAUCUCAUUCGUUCGCCAGGUGUUGGCUGUGUGCCUGCACCCUGAGCUUCUGAUGAACAAAACUCUUCCUCUGGAGGUCAGGCUGAGGGCUCAGAGGCUCCUGGAGGUCUGUGAUGGAGAAAGUGUGGGUUCCUAUACUAACUCCUCCGGCCUGCCUCAUGUCAAGCAAAGCAUCGCUGAGUUCAUCAUGAGACGCGACGUUGGAGUGCCUUCAUACGCCAAAGACAUCUUCAUUUCUGCUGGUUCUCAAAGGGCCCUGGUGCUGAUUGUGAAGCUGCUAGCCAGUGGGCAGGGGGAGACUUGGACAGGCGUGUUGACCCCUAUGCCCUGCCCAUACACCCUGCCCACGCUGCUGGAUGAGGCCGGGGUGACACUGGUGCCGUACCAGCUGAUGGAGGAGCAAGGCUGGGCUGUAGACCUGGACGAGCUGCACCGAGCUUUGAAGACCGCUCAGGGGCGCUGCAGUCCCAAAGCCAUUUACAUCAGCAACCCUGGAAACCCCACAGGUCAUGUGCAGGACUGGAAAUCAAUAGAGGAAGUGAUUCAGUUUGCAGCAGCUGAGAGACUCCUACUGCUGGUUGAUGAGGUGUACCAGGACAGCGUGUAUGGAAAGGGCAGGGACUUUAUUUCCUACAAGAGAGUCCUGUCUGAGAUGGGCAAAGAGUACUCAGAGACAGUGGAGUUGGUUUCUCUACAUUCUAUAUCCAGCGCCCUCAUGGGAGAGUGCGGCCUGAGGGCAGGAUACAUGGAGCUGCUCAACAUGGACCCAGAGGUGAUGCAUCUUGUUGAUACUAUGCUGUGUACUGAUAUCAGUACUCCAGUCACAGGACAGCUCGCUCUGGAUCUCAUGGUCAACCCACCAAAACCUGGAGACUCUUCCUAUGACACAUACACACAGGAGAUUGUCUUCACUCGGACCACUUUGUCCCAGAAUGCUCAGCGGGCUCAGGAAUUCCUGAAUGAUCUACCAGGGAUGAGCAGUCAGCCAGCGAUGGGCGGAAUCUACCUUUUCCCCCGCCUGGAUGUACCAUCUAAAUUUUUAGAGCAGGCAAAGAUAUUGGAGGUGGAGGCAGAUGUUCUGUACUGUCAGAUGUUAUUGGAGGAAGAAGGUGUGUUUUUAGGAGCAGGAUCUCAGUAUGGUGAAACAGCUGGCAACCACCAUCUGAGAUUAUGUAUCCUUGUUCCCCCUGACACCCUUGAGCAGGUCCUGCCUCGCCUCGCUUCCUUUCACCUUCGCCUCGUGGACACGAAUCUUCACCCUGACAAGUCCGCAGGCAUGCGGGAAAUAUUGUGACCCAACGUAUAGCCCUCUGUGAAGAAGGACAUAUCCUAAAAUCAAGUGUCAAUCUUAAGAAGGACAGAGAAGCUGAAGCUGCUAAAGAACCCUUUGCUACAUUGUUUGCUACACAAUUUUCACCCACACGCUUUGACUGUACUGUGACAGAUGUAUUCCUAUGUAGGUUUAACAUAUGCAACACCAGUUUUUUAGUUCUUCUGCAAAAUCACAAAUAAAAUUAAAAUGUUUUUGUUUUACAGACAUAUUUUUAUGUACAUCAACUAAAAACAG